CCUUUUGUUGAUAAAGGACCUGGGACAGAAUUGGAAAGCCUGACUAGGGAGGUUUUAAGAAGCCUCCCUUUUGUUGAUAAAGUCGUCCUCCCAUCCCAAGCCUCGACCAUCAGUCCCGUCAUGGAUCUCGCUGCCACCUGCUCCAGCUUCCAGUCGGACCUGGAUUUCUGCCCGGACUGCGGCUCAGUACUGCCUCUGCCCGGGGUUCAGGAUACGGUCACCUGCACUCGCUGUGGCUUCUCCGUCAACGUGCGGGAUUUUGAAGGAAAGGUUGUGAAAACUUCAUUUGUGUUCCACAAACUGGGGACAGCCAUGCCUACGUCGGUAGAGGAAGGGCCUGAGUUCCAGGGACCUGUGAUUGAUAGACGCUGCUCCCGAUGUGGUCAUGAGGGAAUGGCAUACCAUACCAGACAGAUGCGCUCAGCUGAUGAAGGGCAAACUGUCUUCUACACCUGUACCAACUGCAAGUUCCAGGAGAAGGAAGACUCUUGAUGUUUUUUUUCUGGGCUACUCAACAAUUUCUCCUUCCCUCUCCUCUUCCUUGGAAGGUGAAGGGUAUUGGGUCCUUAGAUACCCUGUCCAUGAUCGUUGGUUGCAAUAUCUUGUUCUCAGAAGGAAGAUUAGAUCAUGUGGGGAUUACCGUUGUUUCCAGAGCACUCCAACCCCUAGUUAAGUUUCCUUAUUAAAGUUAUAUUUCUCUAGAAGACUCCAACAUAUAUAUGCUGUUUUUAAUUUGCCUUAUUUCAAAAGAAAUGUAAAUGAGCUUACAGAGAUAUAUUCUUUCCGCAAAUAUAUCAACUCAGAAAGAUAAUAUAGAUUAGUAAUAUAAGACAAAGAAAACAAAAAACCCAAGGACAAAAAAUGGAACCAGAGAUGAUGGUAAUAUAAAAAAGCAAUUAAAAGUAUUCCCUCACUAUUUAAAUCUAUUUGGUUACUGAGUUUAGGAAAACAAAAGUGGAAGUUUGGACAGUGAGAGGUUCAACCAAAAAUCUGAAUCUAUUUGGUUUUUAAGUUUGGGCAACAAAUUUGAUACCAGGGAAUACCAGUGUAUACUUAUGACAGUGAACAAGAAAUUACUUAAAUGGAAAUAUUUUUUCUUUAGCUGCUGUGAUGCAGUGAAUUACUUAACGUGGCCCUUCUAGCCAUAGUCUUUGUGACUUCUGCACAAUGACUGGGUGGGACUAUGCAAAUAAGGUGCUUUUGGCCCACCAAGGGGAUUGGACAGCUUGCUGCUAAUGCAAAUAAGGUACAUGGAACACUUGUGGGGUUGGGACCAUGCACAUAAGGUUUAUGGAACCCUAACAAGGGGAUUGGUCGGUUUUGACAUCCCACUAGGCUUAAAGCGAGACACCGGGGAAAGAGAGGGAGGAGUUGUAACAGGGAAGACAGCGAGAGACCGCGGCACAGCAAUAGCAAGAGUGAUAGUGGCGCAAGCUGGCAGGAACCACGAGACCAGCGUGAGAUGACACCGAGUUAAAGAGUUGUAACUUGCCAGAGAAGGCCCCAAGCAGGGCACAGCAGCAGAGGGUGAGAAGAAGCUGUCUUGAUUAAGAACUGUAUCCUGAGUUGUUCCUGUUACUUCUGAGUAGUUACUGAUCCUGAGUUGUACCCUAUUACUUCCCUAAUAAAUCACUUAACUGUAA